AUGGCCAUGGCCACCACCGCCCCCCUCCCCGAUCUCAACAUCAGCCCCCACCGCACCACGAGUCACGCCUUGUACCGCGUUCAUUUCGGUGGAGUUCUACAACCAUGGGCAAACUUCGAGUCAGAUGUCAUGAACACCACCUUUAAUGCCCAAACGUGGAGCCUGCAACAUCUAGACUCCCGGAUAACGGGGCCUGCUGCCGCCGGCUCUGUCGACGAGGAGCUAGAAGGGCGAGCCGGACUCGUUUUGGGCGCCGCUUUUCGUACCCAGCAGCUAGACCUUGUGCUGGGAGACUCCCGGGGUGCCUUGCCGCCGUAUCCUGGCUACUUGCGAAAACCCGAUUUUGUCAUGAAGACUAGUUCGGACGUAGCCAAGGUCGUGGGAGAAGUCAAGACACUCUGGAUAGAUGGCAUGACCUGGACAAUGCAGUUUGGAACUUUGAGGCUGGCGAUGAGAGACUCUUUCGGCACCAACUAG